AAGGGUUUGAUUCCUUUUAUCUAUUUAAAGUUGUUAAUUUAAAUAGCUUAAAGAGAAUAUUUAAAUAGCUUAAAGGGAAAAACGUUCUGAAACCAUUAUGAAGCACUUGUUGCUUCGAAACAGUUGAUCUUCUUAAACAGGUCCCUUUUUUUAGUCUACCUAAAAUUCUUUGGUGCUGCCUGGGAAAUUGGAUUCAUAUGGAUGAGCUGACACCGGGAUAACCUUCCCGGAUUGUCGGGUGGAUUAUCAACAUUAGUGAGUCUGUUUUUUUCUGUCUCACAUUAAAACCAUUCAAGCUUCCUUCCAGCUGACGGAACAAUCGUAAUCAGCACACAACAUUGCGCAUACGUCGAAAUCUCCUUCGGCCGGUUUCUGCUACAUUUGUUUGCUACAGCCAACUGACGAGCAGAUGAUGCUGUGCCACGAAAUGUGUUGUUAUCAAUAGCACAAUUUUCCCAUUGCUGAUUUCAAACGAAACGUAGGUACGUAUGGUUUUAAGUCUUUCGCACCGCACCAACAAUCAGUGUUUAGCUGCGUCUGGUACGGACCAGUCGCAACAUAAAAUUGUUAAUUAAACAGAACAACGGUGAACAGAAUUAAAAAAAAAACAUAAAAAGACAAUCAAAGGGAAAUUUUUUACAGUUUUAUAUAGCACUUUAGUUACAGAAGAAUUGAUUUAAAAAUGUUAAGAUUGAGAACGCAAGCGGUAGCUAAAUUUAAAAGUCACCUUUUUGGAGUUGAUCAUCAAGGUGCCAUCUCGGCAGCAGCCAUUGCGGUCGCGAGCCGCAAAUAUUCGACAGAAAAUCCAGUUCCAGAAAGUGCUGAUGUAGUAAUUAUAGGUGGCGGUUCGGCUGGAUGCAAUGCACUGUACCAGCUGGCCAAACGUGGCGUACGUGCGGUAUUGCUCGAAAAAUCGAAACUUACGGCCGGCACCACCUGGCAUACGGCCGGUCUGGUAUGGCGUCUUCGGCCGAACGAUGUCGAAAUUCGUUUGCUAGCGGCAACGCGCGAUCUACUGAUGAGCCUCGAGGAGGAAACGGGACAAAACUCGGGCUGGAUCAACAAUGGUGGACUGUUCAUUUCGCACUCGCCGGAACGGUUGGAUGAGUACAGUCGAUUGGCCACGCUCGGAAAGUGUUUCGGUAUCGAGUCACACAUCGUCGGACCGGAAGAGGCCCAGAAGCUGUUCCCGGCGCUCGAUCCAAGCUCGUUCACCGGUGCCCUGUACUCACCCGGUGAUGGUGUCGUCGAUCCGGCCAUGAUGUGUACGGCCCUGACGAAGGCGGCCACCGCAAACGGCGGACGCGUGAUCGAGGACUGCACCGUGACGCAGAUCAUCUCCGGUGAGAAUCUGCUCGGUAUGAAGGAUGUGCGUGGUGUUAUGACGAACAAGGGCACGAUCCGGACGAACACGGUGGUGAAUGCAACCGGUGUGUGGGGUCGCGAUCUGAUCGAACCGCUCGGUGUGUUUCUGCCACUAAUUCCCAUGAAACACGCGUACGUCGUGUCGGAAACGAUGGACACGAUCCAUCAAAUGUUACCGAACGUGCGUGAUCAUGAUUUCUCGCUGUACUUCCGCAUCCAGGGCAAAUCGAUCUGUAUGGGCGGGUACGAGAAUAAUCCGAUCAUGCUGAACCGUGUGCCGGGUGACUUCCAUUUCGGGCUGUACGAUCUUGACUAUUCGGUGUUCGAUACGCACAUACAGGGUGCGGUAAAGCUCUGUCCGGCGUUUGGUAGUGCCGGUAUCAAGAGUACGAUCUGUGGCCCGGAAUCAUUUACGCCCGAUCAUAAGCCACUGAUGGGUCCGGAUCCGACGGUGAGCGGGUUGUUUCACAGUGUGGGUUACAAUUCGGCCGGCAUGAUGUUGGGCGGCGGAUGUGCGGAACAGUUGGCCAAGUGGAUCAUUAACGAGCGGCCCGAUCGGCACAUGUUUGCGUACGAUGUGCGUCGAUUUACGCCCAAGCAGAAGAAGGCACUGAACUGGGCGACGGAACGAAGUCACGAGGCGUACACGAAGAACUAUAGCAUUGUCUUUCCCCAUGAUGAACCGCUUGCAGGGCGAAACUUUACCGUCGAUCCAUUCCACAAGCAAAUGAUACAAUACGGCGCAGUUAUGGAGGAAAGACACGGAUGGGAACGUCCGGGGUACUUCCUGCCAGAUGAAACGGUUGUCGUGCAGCCGUACGAUUGGUACGGAUUCUACGAUCAUCCCAAGAACGCGAACACACACUACGAGGAAGCACUCAAGGGAGACUACACGUUCGGAUUCUCUGAACAUCACGACUUGAUCGGAGAGGAAGCUCUCACCUGCCGCCAUGAUGCCGCGCUGUUUAAUCUGAGCUACUUUAGCAAACUUUUCCUCACGGGCAGCCAGGCUAAGGAAGCUGCAGAGUGGAUCUUUACCGCCAACUUGGACAAACCCAUCAACAAGACGGUGUACACGUGCGCACUCAACAAACAUGGCGGUGUGGAAGGUGAUGUGACGGUUAGCAUCGUGGAAUCCGGAUUGGGUGGACUGCAUGAUCCCAUUUUUAAGGGUCGUGGAUACUACAUUGUAGCUGGCGGUGCUUCCGCUUACCACACCAAAUGUCACAUUCUGUCCGCGAUUCAGGAGAAAGCGUUCCGCGCUGUUGUGAGCGAUCAUACCGAGGAGUUGGGCGUGCUAUCACUACAGGGACCGAAAAGUCGUGAAAUUUUACAGAAGAUUACCGAUUUUGAUCUGUCCAACGAACAGCUACUGCCGGUCAACUCUACCGCCAUACUGACGAUCAAGAUCAACCCACACUACAGCUGCAAUGUGCGUGUCCUGCGGGUAAGUUUCGUCGGUGAGCUCGGUUACGAGCUGCACAUCCCGGAGGAAAGCUGUAACGAUGUGUACAACGCGCUGAUGAAGGCGGGAUAUAAGGAAAGUUUGCGUAAUGCGGGCUAUCGGUCACUGUACUCGCUCAGCAGCGAGAAGGGUUACCAUCUGUGGGGAUUCGAUCUACGCUCGGACGAUACACCGAUCGAGGCGAACUUGGGUUUUGUGUGCCGGAAAAAUGGCGACUACCAGGGUAAGGAGAUAGUUGAUCGGCAGCGCGAAAAUGGCGUCAGCCGACGGUUGGCGUUCUUCACCGUUCGUGAACAGGUACCGAUCUGGGGCUUGGAAGCGGUCUAUCGAGAUGGAGAGAUCGUUGGACAUCUGCGCCGUGGCGAGUAUGGAUAUACGCUUCAGAAACCGAUCGGCCAAGCGUACGUACAGCGUACCGAUGGUAGUCCGAUCACUAACCAAUUCCUACAAUCGGGCCGUUACCAGAUCGAGGUAAUGGGCAAGCUGUACGAUGCCGACUGCCAUCUGAGAAGUCCGUUCGAUCCGAAAGGUGAACGGUUGUUAGGAAUAUACAAAUAAAUAAUCUCCUUUAGCCAGUAA